AUGCGCCUGAUUAGCACAAGCACCUACACCUUGCGAGAGUUCCGAGAUGGGGAAAUCCCGCGGCAUGCCAUUUUAUCACACGUCUGGGGCGAGGAGGAACUUACUCUGCAGGAUGUUGUAGGCUCCCGCCGCGCCAAAGGCAAACAGGGCUAUGAGAAACUCCGGGGCUUCUGCUCCGUCGCUGCUGCCAAUGGCUUCGAACACGCCUGGAUCGACUCUGCCUGCAUCGAUAAAACGAGCAGUGCUGAGCUGUCCGAGGCUAUCAACUCGAUGUACUACUGGUACGAAGAAGCAGAUGUGUGCUAUGCGUACCUGGCUGACGUAACCGCAACAUAUGACAUGCCUUCCAGCAAAUGGUUUACCCGGGGCUGGACUCUCCAGGAACUGAUUGCCCCACGGUCUAUGAUUUUCUAUGAUAAGGACUGGCAGGUGCUUGGGACAAAGGAGGAGCUGGGAGAGAUUAUUUCGGCAUGUACUAGAAUACCCCGAAGUAUCCUCUCUGGAGAGGCGGAUCACAUGUCGCAAAGCGUUGCGCAGCGAAUGUCGUGGGCUUCGCAAAGGAAAACCACCCGGAUCGAGGAUCGCGCCUAUUCUCUUCUUGGAAUCUUUGGUAUAAACAUGUCCUUGAUAUAUGGCGAGAGAGAGAACGCCUUCAUCAGGCUUCAAGAGGAGAUUAUGCGUAGCUCGGACGACCAAACGAUUUUUGCCUGGCGUUCACGGGAUCAGCGUGGCGGGUUGCUCGCCACAUCCCCAGAUGCUUUUUCCGAUAGCAUGAAUAUCGUCAGUUUUGACAAGCUUGAUACUGUCGACGAGCCUCCUACUAGCAAUAGCCGAGGCAUUCAUCUGCAUGUCAAUUACUUGGGCGUGAAAGUCUGCGGAGUAGGACUGGCUAUACUCCACUGCUGCGACACCACCGACAAAGCGAAGCCGAUCGCCAUUUAUGUCAGAGACCUAGACUUCAAAAUGAAGCGUUUCGAGAGAUUCCAAUCACAUUUAACUGUACCGAUAGAUAUGACAUCUUUUUCGCCCUCCAGAUUCUCUGUACGGCAUAUCUGUGUUCAGAGGGGUAAUUUGUUACGCCAAAGAAGAGCGAAGGAAGAAUCCUCCUUCGGGGUCGGAGACAUCAGCAAUGAGUCUGCAGAAAUAGCUAUCACAAGAUUCCCAGGGGCAAGCGGCCUCACCGAAGCAGCGAGUGCUGGCCACAAUGAUAUUGUGUGGCUUUUACUUACUCUCAACGACAUAGAGGCCGAGCUUCAGGCUGGCAAACUGUCCAAGGUCUUUUGGGCAGCAGCGGAGUAUGGCCAUGCUAAGGUUCUCGAGGUUCUUGUCGGUAGGAGUCAUUUUACGAUCAACGAGGUCGCUAAAAAUGACGAAGGGGACUCACUUUUAAUAGGGGCGGUGAAAGGGGGAAGCCUUGAUGCUGUUGAGCUGCUGGUGAAUGCGGGCAUUGAGCUAAUAUCAUAUCCUCACCAGUCAGCGUUGGGGUACGCCGCGAUGCUUGGUAGGGAGGACAUGGUGCGGCUGCUGGUCGAGAGGGGAGCAAAUAUUGCCUCAGUAGAUGCCCUCCACAAAACACCCCUCUGUUAUGCUGUGGAGAAUGGCCGCACGCCAGUUGUGAGAUUGUUACUUGAGAUGGGUGCUGCUUCCGCUCCUCACGGAUUUGCCAAGAAAGAUGCAUACUCAAGGACACCGUUAUCAUAUGCUUCAGAAAAGGGUUACGUCAAGAUUGUCUGUAUGCUUAUACCCACAUGCAACAGAGAAGAUUUGGAAAUGCCCAAUCAAGGUUUGCGAACGCCGUUAUCUUUCGCCGCAGAGAAAGGCAAUGACUCUAUUGUGAAGUGUUUUUUGGACAGCGGCGCCGACCCCCUGAGCCGUGAUGUUGCAGGUAGAUCGCCCCUCCAUUAUGCGGUGAGAGACGGUCACGAAGGCGUCGUAAAGUUAUUGAUCGAGAGGAGUGUCGCCGCCCUUGAGAUUGAGGAUGGCGGUGGUAAAACACCCUUCUACUAUGCUGUCAAAAGGGGCAGCAUUGGCCUUGCUCAGCUUCUUAUGGACAUGGGCGCCAGUAUAAGGACAAAGGACCGACUUGCGAAAACGCCUUUGUCUUAUGCCGUGGAGGCAAACGACGGUGAAAUGGCCGGAUUUUUGAUCGAAAGAGGGGCCCUCAUUUCUGAUGAGCCUCGAGAGGUGCGCAGAGCAUAUAAGAAUAUUUCCAGUAGACAUGAUACUGUAACUGCUCACAAACGAACUUCAUCAAAGCGGUUCGGGAUAAUCUAG